AUGGCCUCGUGGAAUUCACCAUCUGUGGCCGGUGCCCAACCUCAUAGGUAUGCGCAAUAUUCUGCCGCACCCGCAUACACACCAGUGCAGGUUCGACAGACAUUUGCUGCACCCUCGUCCUACACCCAGCCAUCCUCGUACUCAAACUCUACCGUGACAUAUUCCUCUCAAGCAUCGCCAUACGGCCUUGCACACCUAGCAGCUAAUCCAUCUCCGCCACCCCCGGCCCCAUCGGACGAGGCAGCAAAAAAGAAGAUUGACUGGCCCGUGUCUGUCCGUAACUAUGUCCAGCGAUCCUUUCUCCCCUCCAACAUGGACCCGACAGUCUCCCGCACAGAUAUGGAGAGCAAGCUGAAGGAAACCAUAUCGCAAGCCAAUGAAACCGGUGUGAUGUACACCAUCAACUGGGAGAACAUGCCGCUGCCACAACAGUUGGUCCGGGAAGAACGCGAUCGCACCCUUACAGCACAGCUACAGUUAGCCGCCGCCGCCGCCGCCUCCUCGCACGCAUCCUACCGGGACCCUCGCCAACAGCCGGGCGUCUGGUCCAGCAGCAGCAUCGCGCCCGUCGUAGCGUCUAAGAAGCGCAAGUCGAUCGACCCACAGGAUGAUGGCAGCAGCGGCAGCAGCUCUUCCACCUCACUUCCCUGGAGAAAAGCGGCCGGUCCGCUGGCCGACCGCAUCGGCCGUCACGACAAAGCCGACGACAGCCACGCCCACGUCCACAGCAGCCAACUGGACGAGUCGUCCAAGAGUAAGUUUCAGAAGCAGCUCGAGAAGCGCCAACGCCGCUUUGACGGGGGCUACAAGGCGAAGGCCAGGUCGGUCACCCCGGAGCCCGACGCGGCUGCCGGCCCCGUCGUCGGCACGUCCCAGACCCUGGAGAAGCGCUAUCUGCGACUGACGGCUGCCCCCAAGCCGGAGUUUGUGCGGCCCGAGCACAUCCUGCGCCAGUCGCUGGAGCUGCUGAAGAAGAAAUGGCGGAUGGAGGGAAACUACUCUUACAUUUGCGACCAGUUCAAGUCUAUGCGGCAGGAUCUCACGGUGCAGCACAUCCGCAACGAUUUCACCGUCGCUGUCUACGAGAUCCACGCCCGCAUCGCACUGGAAAAGGGGGAUUUGGGUGAGUAUAACCAGUGCCAGACGCAGCUGAAAGCCCUCUAUCAGCUCGGUCUCAAAGGCAAUCCGGUGGAGUUCAAGGCGUAUCGCAUCUUGUACUUUAUCCAUACUGCCAACCGUUCGGCACUGAACGACGCCAUUAAGGAUCUAACCACAGCAGAGAAGGGAGAGCUCCCCAUCCAGCAUGCUCUUAACGUGCGCUCAUCGCUCGCCCUGGGCAACUUUCACCGUUUCUUCCAGCUUUACCUCAACACCCCAAAUAUGGGCGCCUAUCUGAUGGACAUGUUUGUUGGUCGCGAGCGCCUAGCAGCAUUGUGCAACAUCUGCCGAGCAUACAAACCCGAUGUCCAUCUCCGUUUCAUCACCGAAGAGCUAGGCUUCGAGUCCGACGCCGAUGCUGCCCAGUUCAUCAUCGACUAUGGCGGCCAAGACCUCCUGGAAGAGCACGAAGAUCACAUCGUGUUUCUCUCAGGGGCGGCAGGCCAGAGAUUUGAGGCUGCCCGAAAAGCAGCUUUCAGCAAAGUCGAUAUCAAAGGUCAACUUUGA